AUGGCAGACAACAGUCGCAUUGAUAUCAUAUUUGUUGGCGCUGGCGCUGUUGGUUGUUUCUAUGCUUCACGGCUCCAUCAUCCAUCUCAAAACAUACAUGUCUCUCUCGUGGCACGCUCCAACUACGCUGCUAUUCAAAAGGAUGGUGUCAAGCUUCAGACCAGAAGCUUUGGGGAUUACAUCUUCAACCCAGACGCAGCUUUCCCUUCUGUCGAUGUCGCUGCAGCGGCCAACUCAUCAGAUGCAAAACGAGACUGGCACUAUAUAUUUGUGACCACAAAGGCUCUUCCAGAUAUCAGUGACGACUCAUCCAUCAUUGAGCCCCUGGUUGGCCCAAAGUCUUGCAUCGUUCUCAUCCAGAACGGCGUCGGUGUAGAGGAGCCUUUCCGCAAGCGCUUCCCUAAUAACCCCAUUAUCAGUGCUGUCACGGUCGUGAGCGCGGAGCAAACCUCUCCUGGCACUAUACGUCAGAACCGCUGGACGCGUAUCAGCAUUGGGCCAUACACUGACGGUCUGGCCUCGAAGGAGUCGGAGCUGGGGCGCCGCGGGACGGAGUCAAUCGAGGCAUUGCACCGCUGGUGGACAGACCUGGGCGGUAUCAAAGACGUUGAUCCACAUGACGAAGUCGGUCUCCAGACUGUGCGAUGGCACAAGUUGUGCAUCAACGCAGCCAUGAACCCUUCCGCUGUGCUCUCAGGCGGUCGUGGCAACGCAGACAUGGUAUCAGACGACGAACUACAGCGACACCUACUAGGCAUAAUGCACGAGAUCCGCGAUGCUGUGCCCAAAAUCCUAGGCAGGCCCUUCCCGGAUAGUAUGGCCAAGCCCAAAAAGAUCAUCGAGAGUACGGGGCGCAACAAGGGCGCCAGGCCGAGUAUGUUGCUGGACUGGGAGGCAGGUAAGCCUCUGGAGUUGGAGGUGAUAUUGGGCAACCCGGUGAGGAUUGCGAGGGAGAGGGGCGUCGACAUGCCCAGGUUGCAGAGUCUGUAUGCGCUUUUGAGGUCGGCGCAGGCCAUGAGGAAGAGGGAGGCUAAAGGGAAGCUAUGA